AUGACCGAGCUGCUGCUGCUGUUGUUGUUUCUGUGUGCGGUGUUGUUGUGUGUCGUCGUCAGUCGGGGGAAGGGUCCAGUGCCCCCUCACCUGUACUACAGAAAGUCAAGUCCGUUUGUGGCUGGUGUCCUCGCGGCGUGUCCAGUAUUCCUAAGACCGUACACGCCCACCCGCUUGUGGGGCCGAAGUGGCCACAUCCAGACAAUAGUGUACAGCAAGCUAGAACGGUGGCAUCACCCAAACCUUCACGGGCGACGUCAUGAACGUGUUCUGUCCGACGGUGCGACAUCAACAUUUGACGUGUUCGAGGCAGCAUGUGAGCAUCGGUCUGGAGGCGACCUCUCCAUGCUGGUGUGUCCCGGCAUCGCCAACAGCAGCGAGAACCCAUACAUCAGGGCCUUCGCCGCCGUGGCCGUGAGAGACGGCUACAGAGUGGCGGUGCUCAAUCAUCUCGGUGUUUUAGCCGACCAGAAGCUCACAUCACCUCGGGUGUUUGAUUACGGAAGUACGACAGAGUUCCACCACAUGGUGGAAGAUAUGAUGAAAAUGUAUCCCAACAGCAGCUUCCUGGCUGUCGGUUUCAGCAUGGGCGCCAACAUCAUCACCAAGUAUCUCGGUGAGCACCCGGACAAUCAGAAGCACUUCAUCUGUGGAAUGUCCCUGUGUCAGGGGUACGACAUUGCCAGAGUAUAUUUGAUAUAA